UCAAUCCUGCAGGCGGAAGAGGCACGACGUCACCAAGGUGUGAAAGGUCAGCCGAACCCCUUUCUUCUUUCUUUAUUGUCAGCGGCGGCCAUUGGGAAAGAAGAAGAUGGGUAAAUUUAUGAAACCCGGAAAAGUGGUAAUGGUCCUGGCCGGACGCUAUGCUGGACGCAAGGCAGUUAUUGUAAAGAACAUUGAUGAUGGCACCUCUGACAGGCCGUACAGCCACGCCCUGGUUGCUGGUAUUGACCGUUACCCACGCAAAGUGACAGCCACAAUGGGCAAGAAGAAGGUUGCCAAGAGGUCCAAGAUCAAGGCCUUCGUGAAGGUCUACAAUUACAACCACCUGAUGCCAACCAGAUACUCUGUCGAUAUCCCUAUGGACAAGACCGUUGUCAACAAGGAUGUGUUUAGGGACCCAGCCCUGAAACGCAAAGCCAGACGUGAAGCCAAGGUCAAGUUCGAAGAGAGAUACAAGACCGGCAAGAACAAAUGGUUCUUCCAGAAGCUUAGAUUCUAAACUUACAAUAAAUGUGUACAAUCCA